AUGGCUUACGACAACGAAGUCCACGAAGCCGUUCGCAAUGCGCAACCGGCGCAGAUUGCUCCCCACCGGUCGCACGACCCCUCAAACAACAUGAAGCGUUCCGACCCCUUCAAAUUCGGAUCCCGAUACCUCGAGCAAGGCGACGACGUCUUCGAAUUCAACGCCUGGGAUCACGUCGAGCCAGACGACGAGUUCAAGGCUUUCGCCGAGACCCAGUACGAAAAGCAGCGUGCGGCACCCGUUUCCGAGUUCGAUCAAACCCGCUUCAACAAUGACCCCGCCAAGUGGUGGAACAAUUUCUACAAGAACAAUACGGCCAAUUUCUUCAAGGAUCGCAAGUGGCUGCGUCAGGAAUUCCCUAUCUUGGCUGAUGUCACUCAGAAAGAGGCCGGGCCUAAGGUUGUCCUCGAAGUUGGCGCUGGUGCGGGAAAUACUGCCUUCCCCUUGAUCAGGAACAAUGAGAAUGAGCAUUUGAAGGUUCAUGCGUGCGAUUUCUCAAAGUACGCGGUUCAGGUCAUGCGUGAGAGUGAGGAGUACAAUACGAAAUACAUGGUCGCCGAUGUGUGGGAUGUCGCUGCAGAGCCCACCGAGAGCGAAGAUUCCUUGCCCCCCGGUCUGGGCGAGGGCUCUGUGGACGUGGUCGUUCUCAUCUUCAUUUUCUCUGCCCUCAACCCGGAUCAGUGGAAUCGCGCACUCCACAAUAUCUGGCGUGUCCUGAAGCCGGGCGGUCGUGUUCUGUUCCGUGACUAUGGCCGUGGAGAUCUCGCGCAGGUGCGCUUCAAGAAGGGCCGGUACAUGUCGGAGAACUUCUAUAUCCGUGGUGACGGUACCCGUGUCUACUUCUUUGAUAUGGAGGAGCUGCAACAGAUGUGGAGUCGCUGGACCCCGGAGAAGGGCGUGCAGAUUGAUCUCGAAACCGAGGCCGAGUCUGUGGCUGCCGAGCCUGCUGCGCCAUUCGAGAUCAAGCACAUGGGUGUUGACCGCCGGCUUAUUGUCAACCGCCAGACCAAGUUGAAGAUGUACCGCUGCUGGAUGCAGGGUAAUUUCCAAAAGCGCGAUGAUACCGCUACAGCAGAGCCCAGUACCGAGAACGGUGUUCAGAACGGCGAGUGA